AAGUUGAGACGUCACGUCACCCAUAGGCGGAAGUGUAAUGUUGUUGAACAACGGCACUGUUUUUAGCCAUGUUAAGUGCGUUUACCAUUAACAAAAAACAACAAAUGUUCUUAUAAUAUAAGUUGAAGUUAUUUCAUAUAUCAAGCUAUCAAUCUAAACUACUCGGAUAAAGUUUCUGACUUUAUUCUGAAUUAUUUGCCGGUUGUUUUUACACCUAGUUAGCAUGUAAGGCAAGCGUUAGCUUACAAGCUAUGGUUUGUUGACAAUUGUUUCUCGACAGCUUGUCGAUUUUUCAAUAACUCUAUAUAAUAUUAAAUUACAAGACAUAAUGUUCCUGCUUCAUUUAGUACUUAUCUAACGCUUACAAGUUACGAAACGUCCCAUAGUCACCAAACCAGAGAAUGGUGUCCCUUUGGUUAACCAAAGCACUAUGCGCUUUCUUUAAAUAGAUUGUUUCAUGUAUGGCGUCGUACCAUAUAUUAAGAUUAACUAACCUAUUGAAGAAAGGACUAACCAAGAAUCAAGUCUGGACAAAACCACAUAACGCCUCAAUCGUGGUGUCAGCUCAAGUUGUAUUAAUGACUGCACUCACAGACUUGGAACCUUUAGCAAAGAGAAUCAGGUUUGAAACCAGUGCCCCAACUUCCCUUGCAUCUUCCCUCAAAGUCCCAACUUUUAGCUUUAAAAUAGGAGAUAAUGACGCAGUAAAUAAAGAAAGAAGGCAACACAACCCACUUAAAAGGAUGGAUAUACGGCCAAAGGCUGGAGCAGAUGGUCUGCGAGGCGUAAAGACAAAAGGUAACCAUCAAAGAAUCGGCCCAAGACAACAACAUAAUUUAAAAAGUACUCUUGAUCAAUGGUUGGUUAAGCCCAGAAGAAACCCAAGUACAGCUGACGGAUGCCAAAUCCAAGAGGAUGUAGAGAUGGACGGUGAUGACAGUGUCUUACAAAGCACCUCAGCUCAGGUUCUAGACUGUACAAAGGCAGAAAAGCCUGCUCUCUCUGAUUCGGAUGAAGACACCCAGCCCAUGACACCACAACACCUGUAUGAAGACAAUCCAGUCUCCCCAGCCUUCAUGGAUUCUGCAGAGAGGACAUCAUCACCAGAUCUGCCUUCAGAGAAACAAGGUGCAGACAAGGAAAAUACCUCAGGCAAACCUCAUGUCAAAUGGCUGGGGACACCAAUCAAUGAUCUCAACAGAAUGCCUGAAUGUGGGGGGCCGCUUCCACCGCUGAAGGAUGUUCCUGGCCAACACACUGUGAUGAUAAGGACGGACCUUCUUCACAAUGGUAAAGUACCUGUUCCAUAUCCUGCUAGGUUUAAGGAUACCUGGGAUGACAUCCAUGUCAAGAUGCCCUGUUCCAGUUUGAACCUGUUUCCUGUGCAUGAUGAGGAAACGCAAGAACGAAAGAAUAAGAGUCGGUGGGAAUUGAUCAAGGAAACUUUGAACGACGAAUUUACAUGUCAACUCGAGUUGAAGAAUGCCAUUUUGAAGUACAGUUCCUCACAGGCGAAGAAAUGGGACUUCACCGCAUUGCGACUUUACUGCACAAAGGUCCUGGAGCCUGAUGCUGCUGAACAUCUGUUUGACUCCCUGCUGCCAGACAUGGUGCAAUUAGCACUGAGAGCAUCUGAGCUCUGUACCAAGCCGAUACCCCUCCUUAAAGAAGGCCUGGACCACUCCAUCACCGUGUCUCAGGAGCAGGUGGCAUGUCUGCUCGCCAACGCCUUCUUCUGCACCUUCCCCCGACGCAACUCCAGGAAGACUGAGUACUACAACUACCCAGACAUCAACUUCUUCAGGCUCUUUGGCGGGGGCUCUUCAAGCAAGAUUGAGAAACUGAAAACCCUGGUUUGCUAUUUCAAAAGUGUCACUGAGCAAACGCCGACCGGACUUGUGACAUUCACACGAAAAAGCUUGGAUAGACCUCUGAAUUGGAAAAGCUCAGAGGCUCAGCUCACAAAUCUCCACAUCACUUGUGAAGGAACCAUUGAGGAUGAUGGUUAUGGAAUGCUUCAGGUGGAUUUUGCCAACCAGUUUGUGGGGGGAGGAGUCACCAGUUCUGGUCUAGUCCAGGAGGAAAUCCGUUUUCUGAUCAACCCUGAGCUUAUUGUUUCUCGCCUCUUCACUGAAGCCCUGGAUCAUAAUGAAUGUCUGAUCAUCACAGGUUCACAGCAGUACAGUAAAUACACCGGCUAUGCUCAGACCUACAAGUGGGCUGGCAGCCACCAGGACACAACCCCCAGAGAUGGCUGGCAGAGAAGAUGCACAGAGAUUGUGGCCAUCGAUGCACUGCAGUUCAAGAACUUCCUCGAACAGUUUCAUCCCGAUAGACUCAACCGAGAACUAAACAAGGCUUACUGUGGCUUUGCUCGCCCUGAAGAACAAAGCCAAAACCUCUCGGCAGUGGCUACAGGGAACUGGGGCUGUGGGGUUUUUGGAGGUGACACACGUCUGAAAGCUCUGCUCCAGAUGCUGGCAGCUGCUGAGGCGGGCAGAGAUGUGGCCUAUUUCACCUUUGGUGACAGCCAACUCAUGACAGAUGUCCACAAGAUGCACUCUUUCCUAACUCGGAGCAAGAUCUGUGUCGGAGAGGUGUAUGAUCUCCUGGAGCAGUACUACAUCUCCGUGUGCAAGAGCUGCCUCGGUCGGCGACCUGAGAUCAGCCUGUACUCCUUCAUCUACCGAUACUCCUCCCCGGCGCCAGAUGACUCCGACGGGGACUCGCCCAGACAUCCCGUCCCCACAGACUGCAGUUAGGGCCAGGUGGCUGAUGAGUCACCAUGCCUAAUCUGCGAUAAAACAAAACCAACCUUAAAUACUGCCUUUACUUUUUUUUAAGAAGGCUUGAUUAACUGUUUACCAAAUGGGAGCCAAAAAGGACCAUCUAGCAUGCAGAUCCUUUUCAAAAACAUCUGAACUGCAAUGGCUGAUUAGUUACAACCCUGUCUGGCGGGGUGUUCAUUUUGCUGCCGCUGGUAAUACGACGAUGGAUCGAGCUUCAAUACGACGCAAUUGUGAUUUUAAUGGUGAAGCAAAGGUUGCCAUCCAUCUUCUGAGUUUGUCAUGUUGCCUUUUUUACACCCACACAUAUCCAGCCUAAUUGAAUUGGCUGUCAGAAAUCAAGUUAAAGGAAUAGAAUAACAAGAACGGGGUUUGGAAAGCUAGGAGCAGUCUCAGGAGAACAGUUUGAUUUAAAUAAUAUUUUACCUUCUGCGUUUAAAGCUACAUUUAGUUUCAAUUAUGACUUCCAUGAAUCUGUCCUGCUCACAUUCGAAAGAACCAACCGUUGCACUUAACAUUUUAAUUUGAUUGGUUUGUUUCUAUAUUUGAUAAGCAUUUACACUUUGAAUCUGUUAUUUGUAGGCCUUCUUACUAAUUGCUGUAGAGCUGCACUUGGUAGGAUUUGUUUCGCUUAAAUAAAAUCAGUUUUAAGAAAAUGU